AUGCUUGCUGUGUCACAAGAACAGCUUGCUCAUUCACAGACGUGCUUCCGAGCUAGGAUGCAGCUCAAGCCUCCUACAAGACCCAAACUUUAUUCAGGGCUUAUGCCCCAGGAGGAAUUCGAUUCAUACUGUGAUCUAAUACCAGGCUUGCCUGAAGACUUGGCAAAGAUAUGUCUUGCCCUUGUCCCUCGUACUCAUUUUCCUGUCAUGGGUGCAGUUUCCAAGAGGUGGAUGUCGUUUCUUGAGAGCAAGGAACUCAUAGCUGUGAGGAAGGAGGUUGGGAAACUUGAGGAGUGGGUGUAUGUCUUGACUCCAGAUGCUGGCACAAAGGGGUCGCACUGGGAGAUUUUAGAGUGUUCAGGGCAAAAGCAGAGCCCUCUUCCGCGAAUGCCUGGACUAACCAAAGCUGGGUUUGGUGUGGUUGUUAUUGGUGGGAAGCUCUUUGUUAUCGCGGGCUAUGCUGCUGACCGUGGGAAAGACUGUGUUUCAGAUGAGGUUUAUCAAUAUGAUUCUUGCCUCAACAGGUGGACUGUGCUUGCUAAGAUGAAUGUAGCUCGGUGUGACUUUGCCUGUGCAGAGGUCAAUGGGGUGAUAUAUGUUGCUGGUGGAUUUGGUCCAAAUGGCGAGAGUUUAUCUAGCGUUGAAGUUUAUGACCUAGAACAGAAUAAAUGGACAUUGAUUGAGGGCCUACGCAGACCAAGGUGGGGCUGCUUCGGGUGCAGCUUUGAAGGGAAGCUCUAUGUCAUGGGUGGCCGUUCAAGCUUCACAAUUGGCAACUCCCGUUUUGUUGACGUGUACAAUCCUAAUAACCAUGCCUGGGACCAGGUCAAGAACGGCUGUGUGAUGGUCACAGCUCAUGCAGUCCUCGGUGAGAAGCUCUUCUGCAUCGAAUGGAAGAACCAGCGGUCUCUAGCAAUCUUCAACCCGGCUGACAACAACUGGCAGAAGGUCCCUGUGCCGCUUACUGGAAGCUCAAGCACUCGUUUUUCCUUCGGGGUACAUGAGGACAAGCUGCUGCUCUUCCCUAUCGAGGAAGAGCCUGGGUAUCAGACGCUGAUGUAUGAUCCUGCAGCUCCGAUGGGGGUGAGAGCUCCGAACAGGAAGCCGUUCGCGCCUCCACGCGAGGUGCACCGGCCCGUGGAGCACUCGCUGCCGCCGCAGAAGCGGGAGAUCUUCGAGUCGCUGGACUCGUGUGCGGCGGACAACAUCCUGGUGCUCCUCAAGCCCGUGGAGGGGUCGUGGCAGCCGCAGGACUACCUGCCGGACGCCGCCUCCGAGUCCUUCGCCGACGAGGUCCGGGAGCUGCGGGAGCGCGCCCGGGAGAUCCCCGACGACUACUUGGUCUGCUUCGUGGGCGACAUGGUCACCGAGGAGGCGCUGCCGACGUACCAGACCAUGCUCAACACCCUGGACGGCGGCGUCCGCGACGAGACGGGCGCCAGCCCCACCAGCUGGGCGGCGUGGACCAGGGCCAGGGCCGCCGUGGAGAACAGGCAAGGCGACCUCAUGAACAAGGUGGACAUGUGGCAGAUCGAGAAGACCAUCCAGUACCUCAUCGCCUCAGGGAUGGACCCCAAGACGGAGACCAACCCGUACAUGGGCUUCGCUCCAGAGCGCGCCACCUUCAUCUCCCGUUCAGGCCACGCGCGCGACACCUUCAUCUGCGGCCCACGGCAACACGGCGCGCCACAGUCGCAGACGAGCGGAGGCAAGGCUCGAGUUGGCGCCAAGUAG